AUGAAUAAAUUCCUUCUCACUGCCAUUGUUGUGGCCACACUGGCAUAUGGUGUUUUUGCUGGUGGCGGUGAAGACGAUGUCCAUGCUGAUACCUAUAAGUUUGAGAGCAACGUUGAAUACGAUGGUACUUUCAAUUAUGUGUUUGAAACCACAAACGGUAUUACUGCCGAAGAAAAAAGUACAGGGCCUCACAGUGUCAAAGGUGGCUUUGCCUAUUAUUCUCCUGAGGGUGAAUUGAUCACGAUGUCGUAUGUCGCCGAUGAGAAUGGUUUCCAUCCCAAGAGCACCAUUUUGCCAACUCCACCACCGAUUCCCCCAGCGAUCCUAAGAUCAUUGGAAUACAUACGAACGCAUCAAAAGAAAUCAGAAAAUUGA